GAAUCUCGCCGAAUGUGAUGUACAAGCCUGGCGCCAUAUCCUUUACGUCCUUGGUGUAUUUAGCGACCGGCCCGAGGACCAGCGCUUUAAAGAAUGUUGACACAGUCAUACAGCGAGUGAGCCCAAAUGCACUGCUUGCGUUCGUGUGUGGUAUACACGUACAUAUCGGUCACAUCGAUAUUCUUUCUGCCUGGUUUCCCCACAUUGGUCAGAUUCUCAAGCAACCUGGCACCCAACAGGCACAGAAGGCGUUGAGGAAGAAGGAGCGGCGUGAGGGGUCAAGAGACGAAGCAGCCAAAGAGGUAAAAAGACGCAGAAAGCCGAAGAUCGUCACAUCUCUCUCACUACUUCGUCUGUGUCUCUGUGUCGGUGUGUGUGUAUCUGCAUCUCAACGUGUCUGCGUCUGUGUUCUUGCGUAGGUCUCUGCACCUGAUAGGAUGGCUUGAGCCAUCAGCGAGCCGAACGACAGCCGUCAUGCAUUCUGUAGGCUGAUGCAGUCUCAGCAGCGCGGGUGUG